GCUGUGGUCAGAUCGCCACAAGACCGGACAUAAACAGCGUGAUGACACGAGCCUGCCUUCAGUCUCGCGACUAGGCUGACGCAGGACGUUUAGGAAAGCAGGCGUGAGAGGAGUGAGCUUCACACCAACCAUAGCGGUUUGCAGCCAUUGUUGGUGAGAGUGACGAAUCUGCAGACUUCUUCAGUCGCUACUUUAGACGAGCACCCACCAACAACACGCGAGGAACCUACACUUUAUCUACACCGAACUGAAGAACCAGACAUCCGGUCACCAUGAACGGAGUCAACCACAGUGCUGAAACGGCCGGAGAGCCAACACGCGUAUCUCAGGCCUAUAUCAUGGAGCCGAAGACAUUGACCAGCAGCGGCAAUUCCCUCAUCUUCUCCCUCAAAGAAGAGGUUGGUGCCCUGGCAAAGGCGCUGCACAUUUUCAAGGAGAAUGGGGUCAACUUGGUGCACAUCGAGUCGAGAUCAUCGGCGCGAUUCAAGGACGGCUAUGAGUUCAUCGUGAACUUCAACCCAACUGAGGGCAAAGUUCACCAGGCGCUGGAGCAGAUCAAGAACAUGUCACAGUACAUGCAAAUCAUCUCGCGUGACCUACCACCCAAGGAAGAAGACGCUCUGCCCUGGUUUCCGAGGAAGAUCAAGGAUCUGGACAUUUUCGCCAAUCAGAUUCUCAGCUACGGAUCUGAACUGGAUGCAGAUCACCCGGGAUUCACAGAUCAAAAGUACCGCGAGCGGAGAAAGUACUUCGCCGACAUCGCCUACGCCUACAAACAUGGACAGCCAAUACCAAGGGUGAAGUACACAGAAGAGGAAACCAAAACAUGGGGUACCGUAUUCCGGGAGCUGACGAAGCUGUACAAGACCCACGCCUGCCGCGAACACAACCACAUCUUCCCGCUCUUAAUUGAGAACUGCGGUUACCGAGAGGACAACGUACCACAACUCGAGGACGUGUCCAACUUCCUCAAAGACUGCACAGGUUUCACGCUGCGACCAGUGGCUGGACUACUUUCCUCCAGAGACUUUCUGGCUGGCCUGGCCUUCCGUGUUUUUCACUCGACUCAGUACAUCCGGCAUCCUUCUCAACCCCUGUACACACCCGAACCGGACAUCUGCCACGAGCUUCUGGGUCACGCACCGCUGUUCGCAGAUCCAAGCUUUGCGAAGUUUUCCCAGGAAAUUGGUCUCGCAUCCUUGGGUGCCCCGGACGACUACGUUGAAAAGCUGGCCACGUGCUACUGGUUCACGAUAGAAUUCGGCAUCUGCAAGCAAGAUGGACACCUCAAGGCCUACGGGGCUGGUCUACUCUCUUCCUUCGGUGAGCUGGAGUACUGCCUGAGCGGGAAGCCGGAGAUGAAGCCUUUCGAGCCAGCCGUCACUGGUGAGCAGAAGUAUCCGAUUACCGAGUACCAGCCCAUCUACUUCGUCGCCGAAAGCUUUCAGAACGCCCAGAAGAAAAUGAGGGAGUUCGCUCUGUCUAUCCCGAGGCCCUUCACGGUGCGCUACAAUCCAUACACUCAGAGCGUGGAGAUUGUCGACACAAACAUUCAAGUGCAAAACCUCGCAGCAGACAUUCAGUGUAAGUAUUCCGUCGUUGAGGAGUGCGCAGCGCUUGAAUGUGGUCCAUUACGACUACACUGACGUAUUUUUGUCGCG